GAACGUCACGAUAAAUGCGUUGAAUGCGUUAUCUCUCAGUAUGUAUGUAUAUAUAAAUAAUAUAUAUAUGUAUAAUUCCGGCACGUUCUAAACACAAGCGUUUUGGUUCAUCAUUCAUGAACGUUACUUCCGAUUGGCCACCAAGGUUCUCUUAAGCUCCCACACGCGACUUCUACCUUUUUUUAAUAUACACACACACACACUCACACGUGCAAUCACAAAAGAGUUAACAGUAUGACGAAUGUCAAGGACCCUUUUGGAAAAUUUGCUGGCAAUUUUGCGCAGUAAAAAAACAAAAUAAAAAAAAAGAUGAUCGGCGUGAAAUGUCGCACUCACAUUGGGACAAGAGAGAAAGAGAUAAUGAGAGUAAGAGAGACAUUUUGAAAAUCUUUGGUUUGGAGUCUGCGCGUAACCCGGAUAUAUGUUCCAGACGACAAUACUCUCUCGUAACUUGAAUCUAUCGCAAGGCUCAAUAACGAGCAAUCCUCUUGAAACGAUAUCGAAACAAAUCCCCCCCCCCCCUUCACCAUCAUCAUCAUCAUCAUUGGAUGCUGAGAUGUUAUUGUAAUUUGAUUCCCGGGAUCCGGGCAAUUUGUUCGCGAUCGGGAUAAAUUUUUUUUUUUGAAGAACAUUUUGUCUCGGGAUAAAGAGGGAACACAAUAAAAAAAUCGGUAUAAAUUUUUCGUGAAAUCUUCAAAAGAAAAAGAAGAAGAAAAAAAAAGCGACGAGAAAGAAAAAAAAAUGCCUGGUGAGAAGACAGAUGGACGACGUAUGGUACAUGAUUCUCGUCAAGGUGCAACAACCACAUUUAUUCCUUUGCCACGUUUGGAACAUAAUUUGUCCACUUUACAAGGUCACAAUAGGGACAAUACGAAAAUUAGAAAAAUUGUGAAAAAUCGUCUACGACAAAUGAUGCAAGUUGAGGGUCGAGAUGAACGGGAUGAUUUUCAUGAGGAGGAUGAGGACGUGGCCCAGAAGGAGCGCCGCAUUAUUGAAAGCGAAAGUAGACAACAAACUAGUGACGAGAGAGAAACGAGAAUUUUAACAAGAAGCAAAAUUCCAUGUACAAUUACACGAUUAGGUUCAAAUUCAACAAGGAACAUCGAUUAUCAGAAGGUGGAGGGGAAUAAUGCAGUGGUGGAGAGAUUCGAUUCAAUCCAGGGUCAGCAGCCGUUGAAACAACGUUUGAAUUUAUGCUCGCACACCCCUAGCAGCGUCGUCGCGACGUUAUCUGCCAGCGGUGAAGAACGCGUCGGCGUGGAAGGUACGACGUCGACGACGACGACCAGUACAACAACAGUUUCUAAUAUACACGAGUCGAAUAAAGUGGAACAUGAUUUUGGAUUUUGUCGUGGAAAAAGUGCUGAUGAUGAUGAUAAUGGAUCAAAAAACCAACAAUUAUUAUCAACAUCGUCAUCAUCAUCGGACAAUUCAAAAUGGAAUCAACGAAAUAUCAUUGUUGACGAUGAGUCGCGUACACGAAUAAUCAAUGCUACAAAAUCUCGAGGAAAUCAACAACUUUCAUCGACAAUCAUUGACAGCAGGUCUCUUCCGAAACAACAGAAUGUCAUGGAGCCGGAACAUAAGGACGAAAUUGAUCACGAGUCCGGCAGCCCGAGUCCCGAGCUUUUCGGAAGAAGUGGCAGUAAAGGAUAUGAAAAUGAUGCGAGUAGUGAGGAUGAAAGUAGACCGAGUUCGUCUCUACAAACUCAAAGAUUAUCGUCUCUCUAUCAUGGUACCUGGCCCGUAAAACGAGAUGUUUGGAAUAAUCAACAAUACAAUUUUCCAAAUCAACAAAGUACUUCAACAACAAUUCACAAUGACAUGGCGAGCAUAAUGAGUUUCUCAUCAGCUUCAGGCGUUGGUUCAUCAUCAACAUCAACGCAGGGUAUACAGAGUCAUCGUCGUCUUGGUGCAAAAGUCGAUGUUGUCUACAGUCUCCUGGGAAUGUUGGGUCGUAGUGAGGGACGUGACGAUAUGAGUUCCACUCUUCUAACAAUGAGUAAUUCAAUAGAAUCGUGUCGCGUUAUGCGACAAUCGGGUUGUCUGCCUCUACUCGUUCAAUUAAUUCAUGCACCGGGUCAAAAUCACGAGACACGUGAACGAGCAUCGCGAGCACUGCACAAUAUAAUUCAAGCGCGAAGCGACGAACGUACUGGACGUCGCGAAGUACGCGUUCUACGUCUCUUGGAACAAUUGCGUGACUAUUGUCAAAGUUUACGUCUUUCGUUGGAGAGCACUCGCGAUGAUUUGGAACGUCAUCCAGGUGCGACAAUUGCAGCAUUGAUGAAAUUAUCCUUUGACGAGGAUCAUCGUCAUGCAAUGUGUCAACUCGGUGGUUUGCAUGCAGUGGCGGAAUUAAUUGAAAUGGAUCACACGGCACAUGGCAGUGAAUGUGAGGAUCAGAAUUGUAUUACUUUGCGAAGAUACGCGGGAAUGGCGUUGACGAAUUUGACAUUUGGCGAUGGGAAUAAUAAAGCGUUGCUCUGUUCUUUUAAGGAUUUUAUGAGGGCAUUGGUUUCGCAAUUGCAGAGUACAAGCGAUGAUUUGCGACAAGUGACCGCGAGUGUUUUGCGUAAUCUCUCAUGGAGGGCUGAUAGUUCCAGUAAACAAACAUUGAGAGAAGUUGGAGCUGUUAUUGGAUUAAUGAGAGCGGCAAUGGAGGGUAAGAAGGAAUCAACACUCAAGUCAAUUUUGUCGGCACUUUGGAAUCUUUCGGCUCACUGUAGUACAAAUAAAGUGGAUAUUUGUGCCGUUGAAGGUGCGUUGGCUUUUUUGGUCGAUAUGUUGAGUUACAAGGCGCCUUCGAAGAAUUUUGCAAUUGUCGAAAAUGCUGGUGGGAUUUUAAGAAAUGUUUCGAGUCACAUUGCCGUUAGGGAUGAUUAUCGGACAAUAGUUCGUGAAAGAGGUUGUUUACAAGUGCUUCUGCGUCAAUUACGAUCGCCGAGUUUGACAAUUGUCAGCAAUGCUUGUGGUGCACUUUGGAAUCUUUCGGCACGUUGCACUCACGAUCAACGUCUCCUCUGGGAUCUUGGAGCUGUGCCAAUGUUAAGGAGUCUCGUUCAUUCGAAACAUAAAAUGAUUUCAAUGGGUUCGAGCGCAGCUCUGAAGAAUCUUUUGAGCGCACGUCCUGGUGGAAAUAAUCUCGUACAUCUCGAUUCGACAGCACGUGGUCUUGGAUUAUCGACAUUGCCGACACUCGUUGCUAGGAGGCAAAAAGCCCUCGAGCAGGAAAUUGAUCAAAAUCUCGCCGAGACUUGCGAGAAUAUUGAGCCGAGCACGUCUCCUAUUGAAAAAUUCGCCUUCAAAUUGGAGAAUCCAGGAAAAUUGCAACAACCAGGAACAUCGGGAAUUAAAUUUCCAAGAAGCGAAAGUCGUGAAUCGAUGAGAUCAGUUACGAGCACACAUUCGGAUACAAUAUUCGAAAAAGUGAAAAUGAAUGGAACGAUUGAUCAUCAACAUCAACAACAACAACAAUCGGCGUCACUUCAUUCAGCAAUGGGAUUUGAAAUUGGACCAAUUGGCGAUACGGUGAAAUGUUCGCAAAGUGAGAAAAAAUAUGCCUUGAGAUAUAAAAAUUCAAAUCGAAUGAAACCAGACGGAGAUUCUUUGAUAAAACGAACUGGAUCGACAAUUUCAUGGUCGACACACGAUCAAGAAGCCACUUGUUCCCAAGCACUUCAUUCAUCCAUUGAGGAUCGUCUCUCACAAACAAGUUCCUGUGAUUAUUCAUUCUCCUCUGAUCAUCAUAAUCAGCAGAAAUUGGAACUUGGAAUCCGAGCCACCGAUGGAGAAAAUAAAAAUAGAAUUGAAGGGAAAAAUGAAAUAUCAUCAAUAAUGAAAUUGGAGAAAAUUGAAAAUUUAGAACAUCCAUUUUAUGCGGAUGAAACGACAAAUUAUAGUUUACGUUAUGCUGAACACACAUCGGAUGAUGAGAAACAAAGUUCGGCGUAUUUUACAUGUUCGGAACAAAAUGUCUUGAAUGGCGAUACGGUGAAGACUUAUUGCACGGAAGGAACACCAUCACAAUUGUCAUUGAAUUCAUCGAGAGCAACAUCGGCAUCUGAUUUACAGGAGGAUAUUCGUCCGAGAAAUUUGUUUAGAGUGAUUACUGGAUCGAAAAUAUCGGCUCAUCAUUUUGAUGAGCAAAUUACAUCUGGUGAAGAUUCUGGGGCUGCAAGUUAUAGAUCGUUGACAAUUGAUGACGAACAUAAAAUUACUGAUGAUUCGAAGCAUAAAGAAUUUGAAAGAAAAUCGAGAAAAACUUCAUCUCCAUGUCCUGUGAAUAUAAUCAGCGAGGAUGAUGACGAUGAUGAUGAUCAAGGACUUCUUGCUGCAUGUAUUAAUAUUGGAAUGCAAAAUAACAGGCAUAGACAAUCAUUUAGACGUAAUAGUCUCGAGGAAGAGGAAUUACAAGCAGAAUGCAAUUUAACUCGAUAUCAAACGAGCAAUGAAUUAAAUCGAGUCGAUAAUACAUCAGUGACUUCAACUGGCGAGACUUUGAAAAAUUCCCGUUAUAGCAUGCAGGAAAUUACUUGUGAUUUCCAAAACGAGCCAUCGAAAGAGUUAAUAAAGGAAAUUUCAAUAACACAACAAGCAGAGAAAUCUUGUAUAAAAAUCCCCGAAUUCGAAGUUACUUCAAAAGCAUCAACAGGCUCUGUAGAAAUUUCAUCCGAAGAAAUUGUCAUAUCCGGUAGUUGUGAAUCAUUUGAUUCAGUUGAACGUUCAGAGCAAGCACUUCUUGAAUUUUGUAUUCAAACACAAAUUCCAAAAGUUACAAAUGACUCCUCAUCAUCAUUAUCGAAUAUUGCCACUUGUGAGCAGGAAAUUGUUAAAUCCACCGAAGGCGACACUGUCGAUGCAGUUUCAAAAUCAAAAAUUAAUAUUCUCACCGAAGAAACAAUUAAAAACACCGCCAACGAUAACGAGGAAGAAAAUCAAAAAGUCGAGGAAGUUUAUCGACGUCAACGUGAUCCCGAUGCAAUGAUUGCAUCAUUAGAUCGUCUAACGGCAACUUUGGUUCAACAAACAGAAGCAAUGCGCGAACGUGAUUCAAGUGCAAUGAAACAAAGUUUACAAAGUGAUUCAUGGAAUGAAGAUUCUCCGAAUGAUGUUUCAUUUCCCAGUAUCAGUGUCAGUGCACCUUUAAUCGCUUCAUUCAAAAGUGACGCUCUCGAUGAGAAUUCAACGGCUAAAACUUCAUUUGAUUUACAAAAUUGUCAACCUCCUGAAAUGACAGAUUCACUACUAAUUGAAGAGGAAGCGAUAAAAAUAGCACAAGUUGUUUCUGAUCAAUCGCUCAGUUCAAGUUACAUAACAGCUCGCGAUCACAGUGAAACAUAUACAAUUCGUGAUCAAAGUUUCUCCCUCUCAAGACCAAAACAAUCGUUAACUUGUACACAACGUAAAAAAUCCUUACCAAUUGGCGUGGUCGCGAAACGUGCUCUUAAUUAUAAUCAAAGUCAUAAUGCGAGUUUAGAGAAUCUCUCCCAAUUGGAGAAUGUAAAACCCCCAUCGAUAAUGGAUGAGGUACUCGAUAUUGGCGAUAUGGAAAAUAGUAUGAUAAGCGUUGCGAGUAUAAUAUCCGAAAUUGCUGAUACAAAAGACAAUGAUUCAGUUUUUGAUAUCGUGAAACCAGUGGCGAAUGUUCUUUCAAUGACGUGUCUUCGUUACGCGGAAUCAUUACCAUUGAGUGGUAAUAAUAGUCUAAGUGAAUGCCUCGAGAAUAUUAAUCCUCCUUCACUUUUUAACGAAGUAACUGAAAUGGAUGAGACACUUUGCAGUGAUACUUUAUGCAUUGAUGUCGAUCUUCGUUCCGAUGAAGCCUAUUUUAUUGAUCGAAUUGAGGAAGCAAAUGACACGGACGAGGCAGCUACGCCAAUACCAAGUUCUGCUGAAUCAACACCCAAGAAACGACUCCGCGGUCAUUUGACACCAAAACAAAAGCGACAAUUAGCGAAAGAACGAUACAAAACUUAUACAAUUGCCGCUGAAAUCGUCAAGAAGGAAGAGGAUCAUCGGCGAAAAUUAGAGCAAAAUCUUCCGCGGCUUACUCCAAAACAACGUCGCCAAGAGGAUCGUAAUCGUUUCCAAACACAAGUUCUCGAAGGUCCAAUUGAACUAAAACCGGAACCAAAGGAAGUGGAAAUCGAAAAAUCUUCAGCGGGAGGAAAAGAUUCUGAUAAAACGGAAUCGCCGGUAAAAUCAGGAAUCCCAAUGUUGAGAAAAGUAGCAAAAACUCGAAAAGACGAGAGAUUUCGUACUAGAACAAUUAACGAGAGUUAUUUAACAAAAGAGGAGAAUGUACACACGAUGCUCGAACAAAAUGCAAAUAUUGUAUUGAACACUUUGAACGAAACGUCAAAAGGUGACGAACUUCUCGAUUGUGAAACCCUCAGUCUCGUAUCCAAUGAAUCUGGCUCCGAACAUUUUCUACAAUUACGAUUCAAUAAUCCCGAUUCCAAGCGCAUUGAAACUCGAACACGAGUUUUCACCUACGAAGCACCCGAAAUUAGCAGACGUACUCAAUCUGAUUUCACCACUAAACGAACGAAUCAAGAAAUUAGGGAAAUAAAUCCCGAAAUCGCCAAUGGAAAUCAAGACAUUAAGGACAUGGAAAUUGUGGAAUCGAGAAAAGGAAGAUUGCAGGAACGAGCAAAAAGUUUAGGACCUGAGGAAUCGGCAAGUGACGACGACGAAGAGGAGAGACAGGAAGAUGCAAAGGGACCGAGAAUUGUGAAACCGGGAACAAUAAGCCGUGCUGUAAGCCUAGAAGCUGAGGAUAUUCCAAAAGGAAUUCGUGGUAGGCGAAAACCGUUAUUUUCGAAUCCAACGAGAAAAGUAGUGACACCACAAUCGUCGCCAUCGAAGCAAAAGAGCAGCGCUAUUCCAAUUGGACGUAGUAAUACGUCGCCAAUUGUAAGGGCGACACGCGCUACCACUCUUCGUCAAAAUACAAAUACGUCACGUGAAAUUUCUAAAUGGAGUCCGAAACAUGGGAAUUCUUCAACGAAUCCUGCAGGAAAUUCUUCAGCAAUGGAUAAAAAAUUAAAACGCAGCUCAAUCCCACAGAAAGGAUCAUCUUUGACUACCAUCAGUAAAGCAAUGAAACGUCACAGUUCACCGCCAAUAAAACUCGAACGUCAAGGAACAUUUACAAAAGACGAACCGGAAGUGGAAAAUGCACCCACAGUGCCAUCACUUUCCAGUUCGCCAGCCAGGACAAUGACAAAAAUUGCAAAACCAAAAAUCACAACAAUGAUCCCGGCGUCGAAAAAGAAUUUCGCCAUUGAGACGUCGAAGACAAAAAUUGAGACAUCAAUUCCAAAAAAGAUCACAGCGACGAAUAGUCUCGAAAGUUCAAUUCCAAAGAAAAUUACAACACUCGGCCAAAGAUCUAACAGCAAUUCAAAUAUUCAACCACAAAAACGAACCAAGGAGACGACUAGUAAAAUUGCAAGUCUCUGGAAACGUGUCGAGGAUAGUAAAUUAAAGCAAAAAUUCGAGAAACCCGACACUAGAAAAUGGAUAACAGGAAACAAUGGAACACAACAAGAAGAAGAAGAACAAGUUGAAGUAGAAGAGGAAAAUUUAAAUUUUCGAUUAUUUCGCAGUUCAACUUUCGAGGGAUUGCCAAAAACAAUAAGUGACUCGUCGAUAGCGUUGAAAAUUGCUUCCAAAACAGAAAUGCAAUUUAAUGGCGUGAAAUAUCGAAAUUCAUGUGAUCUCAGUGGAAUUCCAGUGAAACAUCCCGAACGUAAAUUAAGUCAUGAGGAAAAUGUAAUUUUUCGAAAUGCAAAAAGUUCGGAUCAAACGACUGAUGGUGAAAUUGACAUUACAAAGAGAAUUUCACGAUUGGGAUCAUUUAUUCGCGUUGAUGAAUCAUCAUCGUCUUCCGGUUCAAAAGAAAUUGCUGCUGGUGGUGGUUUUCGCACAACAGCUUCGGCAAUUGUCCCACCUUUUAAUUAUAAUCCACAUCCGGGAAUUUCACAGCAGCAGCAAAUAAACGCCAAAGAUCGUAAGAGUCUGAUGAUUGAAGGGCAGGAUUUUAAAUCGGACAUUGUCACUGCUUCCGCUCGUGUGACUACAGUGUAAGAAGAAAAAACUAUUUUUUGAGUUUGUGAUAGAAACAAUGGUGAUUAUUUUUCUUUCGAUCGAAUACUGUGGAAUUUUUUUUAAAUUUGGUAAUCGAUCUUAUUACGGUUUUUUUUCUUGCCUUCACUGUGGAGUCAUGAAAUUGAUUUAAUGGAAAUUUUCCUAUUUUUUGGAUCCAUUAAAUCGUGAAGAUUGACAGAAAGAAAAUUAAUUACAAGGAGUAAGACGGUGAUUAUAAUUUAUUUUUUAUUUAUUAAUUUUAAUAUUUGGAAAAUUAAUUUUUUGAUUCAUUCAGAAAAAUUUAUUAAUUAAUAAUCAUUUUAUAAUUAUUUAAUAUCCACAAAUUGAUAACAAAUAAUUAAUAAAAAUGAAUCAUUAUUAAUUAAUUAAUUUUUUCAAUGUAAACUUUGUUUUAUGGAAAAGUUGGAAUUUUUUUGUGUAAAUUCCAAUUUAAUUUUUUCAAUUUCAAAAUAAUUGGAAAAUUAAAUUUCAAUUAAAUUAUAAAAAUAUUAUGUCCCGGUAAAAUACAGUUUAUUUCAAGUUUUGAAAAUAAAAUGAAAAUUUUAAAAUUAUUUAGUUUAAGAAAAAAUUGAAAAUUAAAAAAUAUUUAAUUUCAAAAAUGUGAAAAGUUGAAAACAACUUUGAAAGUUUAAAAAGAAACUUUUAUUUUUAAUGGCAAAAAUUAUGCAAAUUUGUCGUGAAAUCUUGAUUUUCUGAGAGAAAAAUUUUAAUGAUCAUUGUUAAGGCAUUUUUAAUAUUAAAAAAAAUGCCAAUACAUAAGUUGCGAUUUAAAUUAAUUUCAUGAAACCACAAAUCGAAUGGAUUAUUUUUUUCUGCCAAAUCAUGUGUAUUUCAAUGUUAAAUGUUAAUUAAGAAAAAACACAGUCCAUUUUUUAAUGAAAAAAAAGAAAAACAAACAACUUAUCAUAAUAUUAUAUGAAAAAAAAAUUCCACUUAUAGACAAGAAGAAAAGAAAAAAUAUUUUCUACUGUCUUUAAAUUUUAACUAGUCAUCAUUAAUCAUUUUUUCUUUUUGCUUGGGAAAAGAAAUUUACACUUUAAAUUUAAUUCAAAUAAUUGAUUUUUAAUUGCAACUUUAAAAAAACAGAAAAUUAUUAAUUUUCCAUUUGUUUUUCAAAAGAAAAGAGCUAUUGAAAAUUUUGUUUUAGAAAACAAGAAAAUUGGUUAUUUUUCAAUAGCUCAGUGAGAUAAUAUUAAAAUAAUUUCAGAUAAAGAGAAAAAAAAAUUUCAAUGAUAAAUAUUUGUAUGUUUCGUUAUUUUUUAUGAAUUCGUCGUUUAGAUUUUUAAGUAUAUAAAAAUUAUUUUGAUUUUUCCGAUUAUUAGCAAUUAGAUUAUUUUUGUUUUGUUUUUUUUUAUAUUUGAAAAAAUACUUCUUUGCAUUCGAUUAUGUGAUGAGAGAGCGAUUACUUUAAAAUAUUUUAUAGACACAUUAAGAGCUGGUGCUCUUGGUCUAAAAUCUGAUAGAUUUUUCAUGGUGUAUAUGUAUAUAUAUUUGAAAUAAGUCGAUUAAUUCCAUAUAAUAUAAAUUAUUCACUGAUCUUAAAGAAAAGAAAAAAUAACAAUUUUCAUUUUCUUUGUACACAUUAUAUAUCUAUAUAAUGAUUGUACUAGCCUAUUUAUUCAAAUUCUGUAUAUAAAGAUCCAUGAAUAAAAUAUGUAGGAAAGGUUAGUGAAAUGGGCGUAAAAUGUGUGUACCGAGCAAAUCGAGCCAAUAAAUCGGGAAUUUCAAACAACAAAAAAAUUCACAAUUUACAAUUUUCAAUGGAGAAAAAAAAUUGUUUGAUUCGAUUAAUUAAAGAAAUACAAAUUGAUUAAUUGCUACUAUAAAUUUGUCAAUUUAUACUAUACAAAUUAAUUGAUAGGGUUUAGUUAAUUGAAAUAAAUAAACAGCUAUAAAUUAAUUAAUACAAUUAUAAAUUAAUUAAUUGAAAUGCGAUCUCGAAAAUAAAAAAUUGUGAGAAAUUCCCGAUUUAUCGAAUAGUCCGCAAUGCUUAUUGUUUUAGAGUAAUCUUUUUUUUUCUUUUUUUUAACUUAAAAAAAAAUAGAAAAGUAGAUGUCCCAUGAAUUUUAAAACAAAAUGAACGUUUGAUGAUGAAUAUGUGUAAAAGGAAAGAAUGAAGAAUUCCUUGUAAAGACUGAUAGCAAAGCAUUAGACGAAAGAUAUGAGGAUUUACUUAUUAAAAAACAAAAAAAAAAAAAAAAAAAAAAAAAAACACCUGUAUUUCAAUCGAAAAAAAAGAAGAGAAAAACAGAAAAAAGUAUACCCCAGCUUAAGGACUUGCGAACGCGACCUAAGUUUCUAGUCCAGUUUAUAUAAUAAAAAAACGCGUAUUGCAGGAAAUAGUCUAAUAUAUAUUUUGAGAGCAUGAUGAACCAUAUAAAAGUCAUUAAUAGACUUUUAGAAGAAAAAAAAAAGAAAUAAUAUUUAUCGUGUAAAUUUUUAUUAUUAAUAAACAAUCCCCCCCUGUAUCGACCAAAUUGCGCAAGAAUAAAAAUUUCCUUUUCUUUUUAAUCGAUUUUUACGAUUAAAAAACUUUGAAUAGAUAUUUUUUUAUUAUUUCGAUCGAAAAUUACUGUUGAUCAUUUUCAAUUUCACCUUUUUUUAAAAAAAAGAAAAAAAUAGAAUUGUUACCAUUACCCGAAAAUUAAUUUUUACUGAUCACUUUUUCUAAAUAAUCAAUUAAUUAUUUCCAAUACGCCGAAAAUUACUAUUUAUUAUUUAUCAUUUCAUUUUUUUUUUGUAAUUUAAAAAAAGAUAUUAUUUAGUGUCUGCGAUGUUGUUAAAAUGUAAAUAAUUAUAACUAUUUUUAUUAUACUAUCAUUAGAAUUAUUAUUAUUAUUAUUAUAUUUAUUUUAAUUAUUAUUGUUAAUUUAUUAAUAGCUAUUAUUUUUAAAAAUAUUAAUUUGCCCUCUCGUGUCAUGUUUCCUUCUGUGUAUAAGGUCCGCUUCUAGAAAGCUUUUCAAUUUCCUAUAUCAUAUAUUUUAGAAGGAGAUUGCUCGAUGUGGUUUUUGGAAAAAUGAAAAAAGUCUUGCGCGAAAAACAAAAAAAAAAGACUUAUAUUUCCCAUAUUAUAGUAUUUCUUGAUCCUUUUUCCAGUUCGGAUUAAUUAAUUUUAAUCCUUCCAACUCGGAUUCACGAGGAUCUAUUUUCCUUUCCUUUUUCCUAUUGCAUCCCCUUAAUGUUGAGUUUUAUAUAUAAGCGAAUUUGGUCCGUACUGUGCGAGUAUUGUUUUUCCUUUUUAUUCUUCUGUAACCAGUUUUUCUUCAUAUAGCGUACUUAUAGAUAACUUUUUUAGCGUAUAAAUAAAACAAUUUUAUCUGAUGAUAAUAACUCCUUAAGUUUGUCAAAUACUUUAUUUCUUUGUAUAUUAUUGAUUAUAUAAUAAAAAAAACAAAAAAGAAGUAAUAAA